CAGCGCGCCGCUGUCCCAUGAAUCCCAGUCAGACGUUUGGAAUCCCGACGUGCCUCGCGGGAGUCGUGGACUGUGGUCCCAGCAUGCUGUGCGCGGUCUGGGGUUGGAGCUUGGUGGGCGCCGGGACCCUCGCGUCGCCCCGGGGUGCGUGUUUUGGGGUCUUCUCGGGGUCUGGCCCUUCCCGCACUGUCGGAGCCGCCUUGCCGUCGUGCCUGCCUGGGGAGGCCAGGUGCACUGUGCGCAGGGACCAGGAGCCACUGUGGAGACAAGCCGAGCCGUCAGGGAGGAGUGGGAGUGGUCGUCGGCGGGGGCCUUCAAGGUCUUUCUUGAUAGGAUUUCUGAAGAGCUGCACUUUCUCUGGUGGGAUUUGAACAUAACCACCUGUCCCAACGGCAGAGCCCCCAAGUGCAUGAAGCAAAAGCUGACGUAAUUUAAGGAAGGCAGACAACUCAACAGUAGUACGUGCAUAAUUUUGCAGCACUUUGCUUUCUUCUGCUUCACAGAUACUGCGUUUUUUACCAAUUGAAGGUUUGUGGUAACCCUGUAUGGAGCAAGUCUGUCGGCACCAAUUUUUGCAGCAGCCUUUGCUCACUUCCUGAGUGUCACAUUGUGGUAAUUCAAGCAAACUUUUCCGUCGUUACUGGUUACGCUGAUCUGUGAUUGAUGGCCUUUGGUGUUGCUGUUGUAGUUUUGGGGCGCUGACAGCCGCACCCAGGUAAGGCAGGGAACUUAACUGAAAAAUGUUGUGUGCGUUCUGACUGCUCCACUGACGUGCGUUCCGUGUCAGUAUCUCUCCUCGGGCCUCCCGAUCCCCUUAGACGCAACAAUAUUGAAAAUAGGCAAAUUAUUAACCCUACGAUGGCCUCUACGUGUUCAAGUGAAAGGAAGAGUCGCACGUCUCUCACUUUAAAUCAAAAGUUAGAAAUGAUUAAGCUUAGUGAGGAGGGCCUGUCGAAAGCUGAGAUAGGCCGAAAGCUAGGCCUCUUACGCCAAACAGUUAGCCAAGUCGUGAAUGCAAAGGACAAGUUCCUGAAGGAAGUUAGCAGCGCUACUCCAGUGAACACACGAAUGAUCAGGAAGCGAAACAGCCUCAUUGCUGAUAUGGAGAAAGUCUUAGUGGUCUGGAUAGAAGAUCAGACCAGCCACAGCAUCCCCUUAAGCCAAAGCCUAAUCCGGAGCAAAGCCCUAACGCUCUUCAACUCUAUGAAGGCUGAGAGAGGUGUGGAAGCUGCAGAAGAGAAGUUUGAAGCUAGCAGGGGUUGGUUCAUGAGGUUUAAAGAAAGAAGCCAUCUCCAUAAUGUAAAAGUGCAAGGUGAAGCAGCAAGUGCUGGUGUAGAAGCUGCAGUAAGUUAUCCAGAGCUAGCUGAGAUCAUUAAGGAAGGCGGCUACACUACACAACAGAUUUUCAAUGUGGAUGAAACAGCCUUAUAUUGGAAGAAGAUGCCAUCUAGGACUUUCAUAGCUAGAGAGGAGAAGUCAAUGCUUGGCUUCAAAGCUUCAAAGGACAGGCUGACUCUCUUGUUAGGGGCUAAUGCAGCUGGUGACUUGAAGUUGAAGCCAAUGCUCAUUUAUCACUCCGAAAAUCCUAGAGCCCUUAAAAAUUAUGCUAAAUCUACUCUACCUGUGCUCUAUAAAUGGAACCACAAAGCCUGGAUGACAGCACACCUGUUUACAACAUGGUUUACCGAAUAUUUUAAGCCCACUGUUGAGACCUACUGUUCAGAAAAAAAGAUUCCUUUCAAAAUAUUACUGCUUAUUGACAAUGCACCUGGUCACCCAAGAGCUCUUAUGGAGAUGUACAGUGAGAUUAAUGUUGUUUUCAUGCCUUCUAACACAACGUCCAUUCUGCAGCCCAUGGAUCAAGGAGUAAUUUCAACUUUCAAGUCGUAUUAUUUAAGAAACACAUUUCGUAAGGCUGUAACUGCCAUAGAUAGUGAUUCUUCUGAUGGAUCUGGGCAAAGUAAAUUGAAAACCUUCUGGAAAGGAUUCACUAUUCUAGAUGCCAUUAAGAACAUUCGUGAUUCAUGGGAAGAGGUGCAAACAUCAACAUUAACAGGAGUUUGGAAGAAGUUGAUACCAACCCUCAUAGAUGACUUUGAGGGACUCAAGACUUCAGUGGAAGAAGUAACUGCAGAUGUGGUGGAAAUAGCAAGAGAACUAGAAUUAGAAGUGGAGCCUGAAGAUGUGACUGAAUUGCUGCAAUCUCAUGAUAAAACUUUAACAGAUGAGGAGUUGCUUCUUAUGGAUGAGCAAAGAAAGUGGUUUCUUGAGACAGAAUCUCCUGGUGAAGAUGCUAUGAAGAUUGUUGAAAUGACAACAAAGGACUUAGAAUAUUACAUAAACUUAGUUGAUAAAGCAGCGGCAGGAUUUGAGAGGAUUGACUCCAAUUUUGAACGAAGUUCUACUGUGGGCAAAAUGCUUUCAAACAGCAUUGCGUGCUACAGAGAAAUCGUUCAUGAAAGGAAGAGUCAAUUGAUGUGGCAAACUUCACUGCUGUCCUAUUUUAAGAAAUUGCCACAUCAACCCCAGCCUUCAGCAGCCCCCGACCUGAUCAGUCAGCAGCCAUCAACAUCCAGGCAAGAAGACCCUGCACCAGCAAAAAGAUUACGACUCACUGAAGGCUCAGAGGAUGUUUAGCAUUUUUUUAACAAUAAAGUAUUUUUAAGUUAAGGUAUGUAUGCUUAUUUUUAGACAUAAUGCUAUUGCACACUUAAUGGACUACAGUAUAAUGUAAACAUAACUUUUAUUUGCAUUGGGAAACCAAAAAUUUGUGAGGCUUGCAAUAUUCACUUUACUGCAAUGGUCUGGAACCAAACCUGUGAUACUGUGAGGUAGACCUGUCAUGGUCUUUAGUUGGAUCUCUCUCUCCCUUUGUUCUUCUCUCCCCCCAUUUAAAAAUUAUGUAAAUUAUGUACAUACCAAAGACUAUGUAACCCUAAAAUGAACAUAUCCGCCAAUCUAAAAUCUAGAACAUGACCAGUAUUGUUACAACUACCUAUGCACUCCUUACCAUCCCAUCUUAUCCCCUUGAUUCCCCACCAGAGGUAUCUGCCGUCCUCGGCUUUAUGUUUGUCUUUCUCCUUUUGUACGGUGUUUUGCUGCAUUUGUAUAUAUGUAUGCACAAAGAUACUGUGUAGUCACUUUUUUUUGAGGUUUAUAAAAAUGCAUCAUGUUUUUAAAUCUGAAUGGCUUUUUCAUUCAUCACUAUGAAUCCGAAUUUUAUUCAUAUUAUUUUAUCUGGGUAUAGUUUAUAUAUUGAGACUUCUAUAUAAUAGCUCAUUGUGUGAAUAUGCCAGGAUGGAUUUAUCUAUUAUGUUGUGAAUGGACAUUUGGAUUGUUUUCGCUUUUUGAUAUUCUGAAACUUGCUACAGUGAACAUACUUCUGUGUGUUUCUUGGUGUAAUGAGUUAAAAUGUGAGGAUAUGUGCAUAAGUGUGGAAUUGCUGAAUCAGGAUAUGCAAAUGUUCAGAUUUAUGAGAUAAUGCAAAAAUGGUUGUCUCAGUUUAUAUUCUCACCACAUUCUCAACAACUUGGUAUUAUCAGACUUAUUUAUCUUUGCCAAUCUAAAUGAAAAUCUGUGUUAAAAUUAAGUUGUGGUUUUAAUUUGCACUCUUCUGAUAGCCUUUUGGCUUAGUAUCUUUUCCUGUUUUUUAAAAUUUACCUUUUUUGUUUUCUGCAAAAUGUCUAUUCGUUUGUUGCUCACCUUUCUACUGGGUUGUUUGUCUUUUUCUUGUUGAGUGGUGGUAGUUCCUUAUGGUUUCUGAAUACAGAUCCUUUACUGUUUACAUGUUACUCAUAUCAUUUACCAAUUUUUGGCUUGUCUUUUUCAAGUUCUCAAAACUUCUGUUUUGAAAACAGAAGUCCUUAAUUUUAAGAAUGCAUUCCCUAACCUGAGGUUAUAAAGAUAGCUUCCUUUUUUACUCCUAAAAUUUGUAAAAGUUUGCCUUUCACAGCCAAGUCUUUAAAUAAUAAGAACUGGAUGUUUUGUAUAUGUUGUAAGGCAGGGAUCUGAUUUCUUUCCCAUAUGGGUAACCAGUUAUCCCAGCACUAUAUAUUGAAAAGCUUACCUUGUUCUCACUGAGCUGUGGUGCCGUCUCUGAUACAGAGUAAGUCUCUAUAAAGGUAUGAGCUUAUUUUGGACUUUCUAUUCUGGGUUGUUCUUGUAUCGUCUUCAUUGCUGUAGCUUCAUAAUAAGGCGUGACAUUUGGGAGGGCAAUUGCCCUACAGUAGUUUACUUAUUUAGAAGUUUCUUUAGAAGUUUUGUGGCUAUUCUUGGCCUUUGUUUCAUAAAUUUUUGAAUUAAUGUGUCAAGUUUAUUGGUAAAACCUGUUUGAUCAGAACUAUAUGGAAUCUAUAAUUCAGUUUGGGGAGAAGUGACAUCUUUGUGAUUUGAAUCUUCCCAUCCACAAACAGUAUAUCACUCCAGUUAUUUAGGCCCCCUUUAAAAUCUUCCAAUAAGGUUUUAUAAUUUUCUGCAUAUAGGAGUUGCACAUUUUUGGUUAGAUAUAUUUCUAGUUAACUUUACUUUUUGUUGUUGAUACUUUUGUUGAUACAUGAUACUUCUAAAAAAUUGACAUUUUCUAAUUGACUGUUGGUGGUAUAUAAAAAUGCAGUAGAUUUUCGUGAACUGAUCUUAUACCCAUUUACCUUAAUAAGUUCUUUUAUUUUAAAUAGUAUAUCAGUAGAUUCUUCAGAGUUUUCAAUGUAGGAGUUCAUAUCAUUUACAAAUAAUUGUUUUAUUACUUCCUUUCCAAGUUUUAUAGCUUUAUUACUUUUCUUGUCUUAAUGUGCUAGUUUAUCCCUAUACUGCAGUGAUCAGUUAUAUAACAGGAUCAGUUAUUGUGGUAUCCUUGUUUUACCCCACAUUUUACGGGGAAUGUUUCCAACAUUUCCCCAUUAGGAAAGACACGUGAUGAGUGUUUUUUGUAUAUUCAUGAUCAGGUAAAAGAAACUUCAGUCUAUUCAUAGUCUCUCAAAAGAUUCUUAUGACUAUUUUAGAAUAUUAUCAGAUGUUUUCUGCAUCUUUUGAGGGAUCAUAUGGCUUUCUCUUUUGUUAAAAUUAUAUAUGCAUAUAUGUACAUAUACACAUAUGCACACAUAACAGAUAUAUGAAUUCUGUUUAUGUAACUAAAAUUAUACAUUCCAUGUUUAUGAGUGAGAACAGUCCAUAUGUUUCCUCCUCUAUAUUAUCCUUAUUUAACUUGAUUUCAAGGCCAGUAGGUGUCAUGAGAUGAGUUGGGGAGCUUUUCUUUUCUGUUUCUAGUUCUAUUUCUGAAAGAUUUUUUGUAAGUGUGGAAUGACCUGUUUCUUGAAAGUUUGGUGUAACUAGCCUUUAUAACCUUUUGGUCUUGCUGUUUCCUUGUGGGAAGAUUUUACCCUGAUGAUUCAAUUUCUCUCCUAGUUAUAGGUCUAUUCACACCUUCUAUUUCAUCUUGAGUCAUUUCGGAAAUUGCAUUUUCUAGGAAUUUUGUCAAUUUAUUUGGAUUCAUUCUUAUUUCUAGCAUCUUAAAUUGGAUGUUUAAAGCAUUAAUUUUAGCCUGUCUUCUUUUUAAGUAAAACUUCAAUGCCAUUUGUGUGCUAUUGCAUAUCACUCUUGCUUCAUCUCACUAGUCUGGAUAUAUAGUUUUUUCAUUUCAGUCAUUCAAUUAUUCAUUUAUAUCCAUUAUGAUCUUUUUAUUUGACAAAUGGGUUAUUUAGAAGUAUAUUUGAAAAUGUCCAAAGCGUGGGAAUUUUUCUCCAUCUUUUUAUUGUUGACUUCUAAGUUAAUUGCAUUAUGGUUAGAUAACAUAAUCUGAAUGAUACUACUUCUUUGAAAUUUAAUGCAGUUAACAUAAUUCCGGUAUAUGGUUAAUAUGUACUUCAAAAGAAUGUGUCAUCUUUCCUUAUUGAAUCAGGAGUCUAUAUCUACUCAAUAAGUUAAGCUUGUUGAAUGUGUUAUUAAAAUUUCCCAUGUUUUUUUCCUGAUUGACCAAGCAGUGAUUGAGAGAUACAUGUUGAAACCUCUCACUAUGAUAGUGGAUUUACCAAAUUCUCUCUGUAGUUUUAUUAAUUUUUUGUGUGUACACACACAAUUGUACGCAUACAUACACAAAUGGGUUGGGGGCAGAGGUUGUUAUUAAGGCAUACAUGUUAAAAAUUUUUAUAUCCUUGAGGAAUUGAAACUUUUUGUUAUGUAGAGCCCUCUGUAUCCUGAAUAAUGCUUAUCUAUUAAAAUG